AUGGAAGCCUCCACGGUAGCAGAAGUGAGUCAACUCGUCGAUGUUUGGUAUAUGACGUUUGCGGGUCUGACUGUCCUGGCAUACGAUAUCUUGCUGAAUUUCAGUGACCAGUUCUCCACCAUUUGGAAUCCGCCAAAACGCAAUUUAUGGAAUUUUGUCUUUGCAUUUUACCGUUAUAAUGCUGUAUUGGGCGGAGCAUUUUUUCUCUCGUUCAUGGUUCCGUCUUUGGGUGGCUCGGACGAAUGGGUGCUAUCGCAUUUACUCUCCAUUUCUGCCUAUACAGUUUGGUCAUUCAGAUGUAGCCGAACUGGAAUGGCGUCUGUCUCUCUGAGUGCUUUAGUAGAGACUGUAGGAAAUGCCAUUGUACUCAACGAGCUUGUGAAGCUCUGGGAGUGCAGCAGAUAUCUCUCAAGAAUGAUGAUUGCCGGCUUCAUGCUUGUGCACACCAGCACUCUUGUUGUGUCGGUCUUCUCAAUUAUGCAAUUGAAAGGCAUAUUCCACAUUUUGCACGUGGACCACUUUCACAUGUGCGUAUCUGACGUGGUUCCUAUGGCAUUCAAGGCGAUUUUCGUUCCAUCAGUCGUUCUUCAGAUAUAUUGGAGCACGUUGUUACUCCUCAAUACCUUAUCACGACCUCGUUCAUCCUCGCAGAAGCUGUUUGACAUGCUCCGGGUGGAUGGACUUUUAUUCUUUUUUUCGACGUUCAGCCUUCGCAUCUUGACUCUGGUUAUCACCGUCGCUUCUCCAAGGCCCAUUGCUGUUCUGAGUGUUGUCAUGCCGAUCUUGCUCGUCAACGCUGUAAUCUGCCGCCUCUAUAUUUGGCUUAACAGUGCAGAUGGACUGCUCCUUAAAAGCAGGAUUAGUACGUUUGGAAGAGAGAAAUACGAAUGGUACGGCGAGCAAGAGUUGGAACUGAGAAGACUGUCGAUUUAG